AUGGCUGGGCAGGCUGAUCUACAGGAGCUUUUGCGGAUAUUCACUGCACGCAAGGUUCCGAUGCUGGGUGCCAUGCGACAUGUUCAGGCUCUCCAGUCCAAGAACCUCAGAAGUAUCGAGCAGAUCGCGGAAGCAUCCGUGGCGGACCUUGAAAGCGCCCUGGGGGAUGGAAAGCUCGCCAAGAGCGUGCACGCGGCGUGCAAGGCGCAUGGGAAGAAAGGUAAGAGGGAAGCAGACGAGAGCGCGUCGGCGCCAGCCAAAAAGCCCAAGCUGGUGGCGCAUAAACGCGACCUAGACUACAGCGCCAUGUCGUCGGAUGAACUGGAGGGCUCGAUGAGCUUGCCCCUGGAGGAGGAUGAGGCGGUGAUACGGGGCACCACGGUCAUCACCAACAGAGCCCCCCUGGUGCUGGCCUUCGCAGUGGCACUGCUGGAAUUCACAAUGGCAGAGCAGCCCCCCAGCAGUCGCCUCAGUCUAGCACAGGCUGUGGUCAGUGCAAACUCCAGGUCCAAGGCGGUCUCUAUCGGCAUCGAGAAGCCACCCACCGCGGCGCAGCAGGUAUCUGUGUCCGAAGGCCAGCCCAAAGUACGCGUCCUGGGGAGAAUGCUGCCUGUGCUUAAGAGGUCCGGAUACUCAUGGAAGGGAGCGACAUCAGAGGCUGGAACAUCUUCUACUGCAUCACAGCCCAGCGCAUCAAAACCAGCACCAGCCGAGUCUACUUGGAAGGCCAGUCAGAAACUAUUAUCAAAGGGGUCCACAUUCAUUGCGCAUGCUACACCAUUGUCGAGCCCAGGCGCUCGGCCGGAGUUGUUCAAGGCGCUGAUGGCCCAAAAGCCAGAGCUUGAGACAGCUACGCAUAAUGCCUGGGCGGUCCGGACUAGCUUUGGAAAUUCACCUCUUGUACAAGACGCGUCUUUCGAUGACGGGGAAAGUGGAUGUGGAAACUUUUUGCUUCAGAUCAUGAGAGAGGCAAACAUAACCAACACCAUGAUCGUGUUGACCCGUUGGUAUGGGGGAGUGAUGCUUGGUCCAGAUCGCUGGAGGUUGAUGCGCGAGGCCACAAAUGAAGCGCUCUCGGCACAGCGGCGGAUAACCACGUUUUCUAGAGAACCAGUCUGGGCGCUCGAUGUGGCCGACACAAGUCCGGUAACAUCGACUAUAGGAAUGGCCAUCCACCGACCCGAGGGAGCACGUAACUAUCUUCUACAAUCAUUCCAUACACCAGAACCCGACGAUGGUGGUGCAAGUGCGGGCAAGAAGACGACGGCGAUGAUGAAAGCGGAAAAGGAGGAGAACCUGGGCCGUCUUUUAGGUGCCUUGCGUCUACUAUUCGCAAGCUGGGCAAAUGUGCUCAGCGCGGAUGAUUUGGAUAAAAGAGCCUGGUCGUGGUACGUGUCUGUGAGGCCCGAGGUGGAUUCCGGGCCAUCGGGUUGGGGUGCUAAAGGGCCACUGCAAUUGGACAAGAUCCUAGAUUUACGGCGGAGGAACUGGCAUCACCAUGGAGAACUACCAGAAGUUGGAGAAGGUACCUACGGUGUUGUCUACAAAGCCCGGGACCUUGCGCACAACGGCCGGAUAGUGGCGUUGAAGAAGAUCCGACUUGAAGCAGAAGACGAGGGUGUCCCGAGUACCGCGAUCCGUGAGAUCUCUCUCCUCAAAGAGAUGAAAGACGUCAACAUUGUUCGCCUAUUCAACAUCGUACACGCCGACGGUCAUAAGCUAUACCUUGUCUUCGAAUUUCUUGACCUCGAUUUGAAGAAGUACAUGGAGGCGCUACCUGUCAGCGACGGGGGUCGCGGGAAGCCGUUGCCAGAGGGCUCUUCUGCCACGGUGGCGAGCUUGGGUCUGGGAGAGGGAGUUGUCCGGAAGUUCAUGUGGCAGCUGUGCCAGGGAAUCAAAUACUGCCACUCCCACCGAGUGCUCCACCGCGACUUGAAGCCUCAGAAUCUGCUGAUUGACAAGGAGGGGAAUUUGAAGCUGGCCGAUUUUGGACUGGCGCGCGCCUUUGGUGUGCCAUUGCGCACGUACACUCAUGAGGUUGUGACUCUGUGGUACCGAGCGCCAGAAAUUCUUUUGGGAGGAAGACAAUAUUCGACCGGAGUAGAUAUGUGGUCCAUCGGCUGCAUCUUUGCCGAGAUGUGCACUCGAAAACCUCUUUUCCCGGGUGAUUCUGAGAUUGACGAGAUUUUCAAGAUUUUCCGCAUUCUUGGAACUCCUACGGAAGAUGUCUGGCCUGGCGUUACCUCAUACCCAGACUUCAAGUCGUCCUUCCCCAAGUGGGAACGUAACUUCGACAAGCCCCUCUGCCACAGCCUUGAUGAUGCAGGUCUUCAUAUGCUUGAAGCCAUGUUGGUAUAUGACCCUGCCGGUCGUAUGUCGGCCAAGCAGGCUUGCAACCACCCGUAUUUCGAAGAGUACUUAGCCGACCUGCCACCCACCACUAGCAGAACAAACGGGUACCAUUAA